AUGGUGCGCGCGGCACUACUGCUGCUGGCGGUUGCACUGUGCCGCGCAGCCACACUGGACUCCGAGCUCGGCGUGGGCAAGUCCAUCAACAUUUUUAUGAGAUAUGGCUACCUCAGUAUCUGCAUGCGAGUGGUACCACGUAACGACACGGACGGCUGGGUAUUUCGCGAGCCUACCGUCAGCGUGUUCAAGGACAUUGACCGCUUCGUCGCAGCGCCCAAACCUCGCCAGCCUAAAACGCUCUUCGAUGGUGACUUUCAUAUGGAAUUCUGCGAUAACUUGAAGCAGUUACUGCAGGCGUACUUCAGAGAUUUUAGCUUUGAAAGAUUAGAACGUCCUUGGCGAGCUUUUACCGCCGGCUGGCCCACUGACAUCAUGGCGCGGAACCUCGGCAUAAAUUCGUCAUUCAUCAAUGGCGAUCAUUGCUACGUACUGGUUAGAGUUUCAAGAUUUCGAGAAACGGCAAAAUUAAAAGACCUUCCAUCAAAUAUAUUAGCCGAAGAUGUAGUUAACGAAGCGAUAGAUGAAAUAGGAAUCGGCGAUACGGUCACAGUCGCUGACUUUAUAAGGAAAUACGGGUCGCAUUAUAUAGCGUCCUAUGUGACGGGUAACUCGUUAUACCAGGUAUUCGUGUUCUCCCGGGGCGUGUACUCGCGUAUAAAGGAGCGAGUGAAGACGCGCGGCGUGUCGGAUAUACCGACUAGCGAAAUGUCAAAAUACUUCUCACCCUCGUUCGCUGAACACGUCGGAACUGUCAAGGUGUUUGUGUUCUCUAGAACCGCAUACUCUAUGAUCAAAGAGAGACUUAAAAGCAAGGGCGUUGCGGAUAUAACAGCUAAGGAGUUGGAAGGUUACUUUUCGCCUUGGCAAGCAAAACAUAUUGGCCAGAUUAAGGUGGCCAGCGGUAACAAGACGGUAGAGAGCUGGGCACUGAAGCGUCUAAGAGUGCACUACUACAUAUUCUCAUAUCCCAGUCUACUGACACUGCACGAGGAGCCCACACUACUUAAAAACUUAGACAAUUUGCUAGGAAAUGAAGCUUUAUUACAAUUAGAAUUAAAGACAUUAUCGCCUGCUUUUAAAGACGUCAAGAAGAGAAAGUGGUUCGAGGAAGUUAUAGACAAUUAUUUAAAAUUAUGGGAGAGUAAUAUGUGAUAAUGGUGAUAGAAGAAUUAGGUAAUUUAAGAAAUUUUAAAGGUUCGUCAUUCACGGUACCACUUGUUGCCUAUACGCGCUAUUGUCGCAGCGUUAGUGACUAUUGCAAAGUUACAAGCUCGUAACGACUCGUCGUAAACGACUAUUGAGUAUUUAAAAAUGUGUUAUAAUUAUUAUGAAGUUGAUUUCUAAAACAUAUUUAUUUAGCUAAUAUAUUUUCUUUUUGUAUUUGUGUAAAUACUUUUCUACCACAGUUUCCAUAUGACGAAUAUGAAAAAAAAAAAUAUAAAUAAAUCGACAAUUUGUCUAGUCCUUAAAAAUCAUCUUGCUUAUAAAAAUUCAGUUUAAUUAAAUAACAACAAAAUUGCAUUUUAAUAUUCAAUUCAAAAAAUUUGCAACAGAUUUUUUCAUAAUACUAAAUUGAAUUUGUUUAUAUUAUAGUUAACAUCAAUAAUCAUCACACCUUUAUGUUCGUAUUUAAAUACUAACUUAUGGUGUCACAUAUAUCGCAUAUUUAUUUUUAUAUAUAAAAAUGUAUUCUACAAAAAUUAUACCUAAAUGUGCCUAAUAAUUAUAUGUAAAUAGUAAAAUAAAAAGAGUAUAUAAUUAUUUUUAUAAAUACUUUAUAUGUA